AUGAGCAAUCCAGCAAUCGAACAACUUGGAUUAUCAAGUGAAAGAGCAUUUGAAAUAUUAUUUAAUGAGGCGAAAUCAAUAAUUGCCGAAUGGUAUAGUCUGAAUGUUGUAAAGUUGGUUUUUGUUGUGAUUGAGAUUUAUUGAACCAAAUCUAAAUCGAAAACAAAUUGAUUUACAGCAAAUUGAUUCCACAAACUCCAAACAAAAUAAGAACAUUUUCGAGAUUUUUUUGCACUCGGACAUUUAUUUAUAUUGUUAUUACUUUAAUAUUUUUAAUUAUUGGAUCAGUUGAUAUGUAAGUGAAAAAUCAAAAUUAUUAUUUGAAAAAACAAUGUAAACUUUCAGCAAUAAUCAUAUAGUUGUUCCAUCUGUUGUCAUUUAUUUUCUUCUUUUGAUCUUCACAUUUGUUUUAUAUAUUUGGCAAAAUCGAGUUCGCGCAAAUAUUUUCCAACACAAAUAUCGAAAAGCUUACGAAGAAAUUGAAAAACUUCAAAAUCACAAAAUAUCUGACUAUGUUUAUCAAACAAAUUUAGAACCUGUGACAGAUGAUGUUACAAUUUGGCAAGCUUGUAUUCGAGAUGGAAAAAUUGUUGAAGUUCCAAGAAUAUUAUUAGUUCAAGGGGAUAUUAUUGUUUUUCGUCCAGGUCAGAUUUCACCAUGUGAAUGUGAAACAUUUGAUGGAAGAUUUUUGAAUAAGGGAGAUAAAAUCGAUUGGAUUAUUAAAAAAGAUGAAAAUACUAAUAUUAUUGAACCAUUGGAACCAAUUCAUGUAAGAUUUUUUUGUUUUUUCGAAAUUAUUUUCCAACGAAUUUUUAGGCUCGGGUAGUUUCUUUUCCAAUAAAAUAUCAUUUGGAAACAACACUUUCUUCUGAAGAUUCUUGUUUACAAUUUGAUUAUCAACUUCAAUUUAUAAUUCACAAAGUUUUCGAAAGAUAUAUUAUUCCAAUUGUUUUUAUAUUUGCAAUUAUUGGUUCAAUAAUUCGAUUAUAUUAUCCCGAAAAAUAUUCAUUUUAUUCAACAAGAUUUAUAUUUGCAAUACCUUGUUUCACAAUUCUUCCACUUUUCACAAUUCAACUUCCAAUUCUUCUUCAUUUUGUGAAAUUUUGGAAUAAUCGACUAAUUGCGAAAGAACUUGGAAUACAAAAUUAUUCAAAUUUUGAAUCAACAAAGGAUUUGGUGUCUGUAUUUUCAAGUAUAACUGGUGCAUCAAUUAUUGAUAAAAAAGGAGUUCUUUCGGCUGAACAUCCUUCAAUUGAAAAACUUGUUUUUGCAACAAAAAAUACAUCAGAUGAUUGUUAUUUUGAAGUCAUCAAUUUAUCAUCUGAACAAAAUUCACAAAAUCCAUCAAUUUGGAAUCUAUCAAUGGAUGAUUUAAAUUGGAAACGAUUUACACCAAGUUUAUUACCAUUGGGACAUAAUAUUCUACUCAAUUCUUGCAAACAAAAUCAAUAUUUUCAUAAAUUAUUGGAUCAUUUAUCGGUUGUUGCAUUAAAUGUUCCAAGAACAAUUGCAACAGCAAAUCGGAGAUGUAUGUGUCAACUUCCGAUUUUAAUGGGUUUCACCGAUAAAUCUAUUGAAAAUUUCAAUAAGAAACCAUCGAAAGUAAUUGGAAUUUAUAAAAAACAACCAGGAGAAGCUCCACUUCCAGGGUAUUUUAAAUUACAAAAAAAUCAUAUAGAUUAAUUAAUUCAUUUUUCAGUUUAACAAAACAUCGAACACCUUUGGAAAUGGCAUUUUGUACAAUUCACGAAGAUUCCAAUUCUUUAUAUUCUCAUUUUUCUUGUCAAGGAACUGCAAAUAUUGUUGUCGAUGCUUGUACUCAUAUUUGGAAUGGUAAAAAUGUAAUACCAAUGUCAAAAAGAAUGAUAAGUGCAACUAGAGAUUUCUAUCAAAGACAUUCUAUGACUGGGUAAGUUUUUUUCUAUUAUAUUUUAAUAGAAAAAAGUUGAUAUAAAGAAACAAACAACUCAACUUUAUCACGAACUAAAACUUUGCAGAAUAAGAUUACUGUAGAUCUUUUUUGUUUCAGACAUUGUUUGGCAAUUUCUUAUCGACCAGUAUUUUCAAAAAUCGAUCCAUCAGUAAAUGGAAAAUUCAUUGAAAUCCCAUUGAAUCGAGAAAUCAAUAAAAUCGAACCAAUAAUUCCAAAACAUCACAGUACUGAAUUUAUAAAUGAAAUACCAAUUCAAAAAACAAUUCGUACAUCAGAUGAACUAAUUGAAGAAUGUUUUACUGGAAAUAUUUUAUGCGGAUUGGUUGUUUUGCAUUAUGAAGCUAUUCAACAAGCAGUUACAAUGAUUGAAAAAUUGGAUUCACUUUGUGUUCGACCUGUUUAUUUUUCGAAGGAAAAUGAACUGAGAAGUCGUGUUUUUGCGGAAAAAUUAGGAAUUGAAGCUGGUUGGAAUUGUCAUAUUAGUUUAGCAGAUGAAGAAAUACAAUCAAAACAGUUGGAAAUAAAUUAUGAACAAUUUGCAAAUCAAAAACCGAGUCAACCAAAAUUCUGGAAAAGAUUUGCAUUGAGUGAAAGUCAUUUGGAAUCUCUUGAUUGCGAAUCUCUUCUUCGUGGAUCUCCUUCAACUCGAAAAAUGAGUGUUGUUUCUCCAAAAGUUGGACCAAUUCCAAAUAUUGCUCGACUUCCAACUGGUAUUCAAAAUGUUCGACCACAUCUUGAUGAAGUUGAUAAUGUUCCACUUCUUGUUGGUUUAUUUACUGAUUCAACAACUCCAGCAGUUGAAGAAAUGUUUGAUAUUUUACAAGAAAAUGGCGAAAUUAUAAUUGCAAUUGGAUCAUCAAGAAAUGUUAAUAAUACAAAAUUAUUCACAAAGUCGAAUAUUUCAAUUUGUGUUGAUGAUUUAGAAGAAAAACCAUGUCGAAUAAAUGAAAAUGAGAUUAUAAAAAGUAAUGUGAAUGAAAUAUCAAGUCAAUUAUUAUCACUGGCAACUGAUUUUCGUUUGGAUCAUAAACAAUUACUUAAAAUUCCAUGGCUUAUAAAUUGCAGUCGACAUCGAAUGCUUUCAUUUCGACAUUCUUUUAUCUUCCUUUUAUAUUCUUCAUUAUUAUUAUCAAUUACAAUACUCAUAUCAAUGUAUUUAUUAUUACCAAUAAUCUUCACUCAUGCUCAAAUUAUUAUAUCUACUUUAAUUCAUAUUCCCAUAUUAUUUAUUGGAACAAUAUUCACAAAAUUCGAGCCAAAAUCAAAUAUUAUUCGAAUUGCUCCGAAAAACAGUGAACAAAUGUCGAAAAUUGAGAAAACCAAGUUGAUAACGACAUUUUUGAUGCAAUUUAUACCAACAACAAUAUAUUUGAAUAUUUUGUUCAUGUUUUUAAUUAAUUAUUCAAAGGACUUAUGUACAGAAUCCUGUGAUAAUGGAAAUAUCGAAGAUGAGCCAACUAGUUAUGAUAUUGGUCGACAUAUUAUUGGUUUUCAUUUUACAACAUGUCUUUGUGUUUUAUCAUCUUCAUUUGUAUAUGGAUUACGAACUAUUUGGAAUUCUCCACCUUUUGAAUGUUUAUCGUGGAUAAUUGCUGUUUCAAUAUGUAUGAUUAGUCAGGUUUGUACUUAUAUUUUAAAUUUUCAAAUAAUCUAUGAAACUUUCGAACUUAAUUUCAGAUUGGUUACUCAUUUGCUCGCUCAAUUGACAUAUCAAAAGUUUUUCUUUGGCUUCCAUCAACUGUGUUAUUUCUUUGGAUUAUCGCAAUUGUUAUAAUCAAUGAAUUGAUUAAAAUUCGAAGAAUUCGUCAAUUUACACAGGAACAAAGAAGAACUAAAUUCGAUUUUGAUACAAAACUAGGAAUGAAUUCACCAUAUUAA